AUAUACGCGAAAGAAUUCUCUCCUUGCACAUUUUUUAUUAAAUUACUAAAAUAUCCUUAAUUAUUAUUGUUUUUUUUAUUGUAAAAACCAUUUUUCUUUGGUCGGAUUAAAGUCUUCCUGACUCUUCCCACACCACAAAACGUGCAGCAACCAUGGCUAGACGGCUUGACUUCUGUAGAAAAGAAAAUAAAAAUAAAAACCUUCAACAAGGCUGCCGAUGGUCCCUUGUCAAACAUGGCUGAAGAAGAUAGACGAAGAAUGAGAAAGAGAUGGGAGGAGUGGGAAAGAGAAAGACGAGUGAUGAGGGUGGCUGCCGUGACAAGAAGUUGGAUCUUCCGAACGUUGCUGCAGAAUGAGAAUCAAAGAUACCUCUCUACCUGAAAAUGUUGCCAUUGUCGGAAAAGGAGGAGAAGCAGAGGCCCUUGUCAAAUGGAAAAACAGCCUUGACAAUCAAACAAACUCUCUAAUUCUAUCCUCUUGGAAAUUGCUUCCUCAAAAUUCAUGGUCUGGUGCUAAUUCUUCUGGCAACCUUAAAAGAAGCAAAAAAGGUCCCUGCCAGUGGGUUGGAAUCUGUUGUAAUAAGUUGGGAAAUGUGUUCUACAUAAAUGUUGGUGGUCACAAUCUCAAAGGUACGCUCCAAAACUUUGAUUUCUCAUCUUUUCCUAACUUAAAGUGCCUUGUGCUUUCCAACAAUUCUCUUUAUGGAACUAUCCCUCCCACUAUCAGUAACCUUUCUACACUCGGUUACCUUGACUUGAGUAACAAUCAUUUCUAUGGAAAUAUUCCAUAUGAAAUUUGCCUUUUGACAAGCUUACGCGUAUUCUAUGUGGAUUUGAAUUAUUUCAAUGGCUCUAUACCACAUGAAAUAGGCAAGCUAGAGUACGUCGAGGAGUUUUUCGUCAAACGAAACAAUCUUUGGGGUUCAAUUCCGACAUCUGUUGGAAACAUGAGCAAAUUAACUGCUCUAGUUCUCAGUGAAAAUAAAUUUUCUGGAUCCAUCCCUCGCGAAGUAGGACAACUUAGAUCACUUAAGAGGCUGUACUUGGAUGAAAACCAGUUGUCCGGCUCAAUUCCUACGUCCAUUGGAAACUUGAGCAACUUAACCAAUUUAAACCUUGGUGAAAACAAAUUAUCCGGAUUCAUCCCUCAUGAAAUUGGGCAACUCAAAUUCAUUACAACUCUUUCUUUGUAUCAAAACAACCUCACUGGCUCAAUUCCCACAUCAAUUGGAAACCUCAUAUCCCUCGUUUACUUAAAUUUGGCCUACAACAACCUCACAGGUUUCAUUCCGAUUGGAAUGAACAAUUUUUCAGACUUGGAAUUCUUUCAAUUAGACGAAAACUUCUUGUCUGGAAAUCUUCCAGAAAAUAUUUGUCUUGGCCAGAGGUUAACAUGGUUUUCAGCAUCUCAUAACUACUUUACAGGUCCCCUCCCAAUAAGUGUGAGAAAUUGUACUACUUUAGUCACAAUUUCUCUUGAAAAAAAUCAAUUAACAGGAAAUAUUUCAGAUGGGUUUGGAAUGCACCCAAACUUAGACUAUAUGGACCUAAGUGACAACAAGUUCUUUGGUGAACUUACUGGAAACUGGGGAGAAGUGAGAAAACUUACCAAGUUGAACAUCUCCAACAAUAUAAUUUCUGGUAAGCUUCUUCCUGAACUUGGGAAUGCUACUCAGUUGCAUAUACUUGACCUCUCUAGCAAUCUUUUGAUCGGGAAUAUUCCCAAGGAAUUGGGACGAAUAAGACCUUUAUUCAUCCUUAAACUCAAAAAUAACAUGUUAUCUGGUAAUGUUCCAGCAGAAAUUGGAAUGUUAUCUGACCUUCAACAGCUUGACCUUGCAGCAAAUAAACUAAAUGGACCAAUUCCCAUAGAUUUUGGACAGUGUUCCAAACUAUUGUUCUUGAACUUGAGAGACAACAAUUUCAGUGGGACUAUUCCUUUCCAUAUUGGGAAAUUGCAUGCGCUUGAAAACCUUGAUUUCAGUCAGAAUGUGCUUAUAGGAGAGUUGGCUGUAGAGCUUGGAAAUCUGCACAUGUUAGAAACAUUAAACCUCUCUCAUAACAAGCUUUCUGGCUCGAUACCGUUCACAUUCAAAGACAUGAUAAGCUUGACAUCGGUUGAUGUAUCUUACAAUUUGUUAGAAGGUCCUCUCCCCAAUGUCAAAGCCUUCACUGAGGCCCCAAGAGCAGCAUUGGAAAAUAAUAAAGGCUUUUGCGGAAACAACACUAGUUUGAAGCUUUGCUCAGUACCAAGGCAAGAUGUCAAGAAAGUCAUAGUGUUGAUCAUAAUAUCGAUUUUGGGCACUCUGAUCAUAUUGUUUCUCAUUGUCGGAAUAAUUUUGAUUCGCCAAAAAAUGCAAAGAAACAAGGAUGAACCUCGAGAAACACAUACUAGAGCUUUCUUUGCAGCAUUGAGCCAUGAUGGAAGAACGGUUCAUCAAGAAAUAGUUGAAGCCACAGAAAACUUCGACUCCAAAUAUUGCAUUGCCGUUGGAGGAUAUGGGAGUAUUUACAAAACAUUGUUAUCAACGGGUCAAGUUGUUGCGGUGAAAAAGUUCCAUCGGAAUGGUGAAUUGGCUAGUGAGGAAGCUUUCACAAGUGAGGUUACUUUGUUGACAAGAGUACGCCAUCGAAAUAUCAUUAAGCUUCAUGGAUUUUGUUCACAUAUAAGACAUUCAUUUUUAGUGUACGACUUCAUGGAAAGAGGAAGCUUAGUACACAUAUUGUGUGAUGAUGUAAAGGCAAAGGAGUUCGAGUGGACUAAGAGAGUAAAUGUUGUCAAAGGUUUAGCCAAUGCCACGUCCUAUAUGCACCAUGAAUGUUUUCCUCCUAUAGUGCACAGAGACAUAUCAAGCAAGAACGUGUUGUUGGAUGCAGAAUAUGAAACUCAUAUUUCUGACUUUGGUUCAGCUAGAGCCUUUGAUCCUUGCUCAUCAAAUUGGACUCCAUUUGCUGGAACCAUUGGAUACUCGGCUCCAGAGCUUGCUUACACAAUGAAAAUAAAUGAGAAGAGCGAUGUGUAUAGCUUUGGCGUCGUUGCAUUGGAAGUGAUAAUGGGAAAACAUCCAGGAGAUCUGGUCUUGUCUUUGUUCACAUCACCAUUAGCAGAAGGUCCUGAAAUUCUACUCAAGGAAGUAUUGGAUCAACGUCUCUUACCUCCAAGAAGGCAAACAGCAGAUCAAGUGGCCACCAUUGUAGAACAAGCGUUAGCUUGCUUGCAUCCAAUCCCACAAUCCCGACCAACUAUGAAGCAAGUGUCUGAGAAGCUAUCAACUUCUUUGGUACUAUCAUUCUCAAAGCCUCCUCAUAUGCUUCCACUUAAGCAGCUGAUUGAUCUCACAACUGCUUAAUUAUUUUCUCAUUUGUUACCCGUUGUUUGUGCAUUUCUUGCUGAUUGCCUUUUUACCCAGCUUAGUUGUUUUUCGACCUACCAUAUGCAUUUAAAUUUAGUUCAUGUUGUAACGAGUCAACGGAUUUCUCUUUAUUCAA